AUGGCUGCAGCAGAGACGCGUCGCCUGCUCGAGCAGCUUAUGGGCGAGCAGCUCAUGAGCGGAACCGACCAGCGCGCGCCCCAACUCAGCAUCACCGAUCCCAAAGUCUGUCGCUCUUACCUCGUGGGCAACUGCCCCCACGACCUUUUCACCAACACCAAGAACGAACUGGGCCCCUGCAGUAAGGCCCACAAUGAAGCGCUCAAGACCGAGUAUCAAGAGGCCGACGCCGAGCAGAAGCGCCGAUGGGGCUUCGAGUUCGACUACAUGAGAGACAUGCAGCACCACAUCGACAGCUGCAACCGCAAGAUCGACCAGGCGCAGCGAAGACUCGAGAAGACGCCCGAGGAGAUUAGGCAGACAAAUGUCUUGCUCAAAUCAAUUAACGAACUGACCAAAUCCAUUGACGCUGGCAUGCUCGAGGUACAGAUCAUGGGCGAGGAAGGCCUGGUCAACAUGGCCGUCCAAGAAUUCACCAAGAUCCGCAUGAAGAAGGCUGAAAAGGAGGAGCGCGAGAGGGAGUUGAGGGCGUUGUCAGACACGGGCGGACCCUCGGGCCACCAGAAACUGCAGGUGUGCGAUGUCUGCGGUGCCUACCUCAGUCGCCUGGACAAUGAUCGCCGAUUAGCAGACCACUUCUACGGAAAGAUGCAUUUGGGCUACGCUCAGAUGCGCAAGUCUUACGAAACCCUACAAAAGGAGCUCAAGGGCCGUAAUCCACCGCGAGACUCCUAUGCUACACCGGGUGGCGACAUGGACCGCGGCGGAGGCUGGGGCGGAGCUGGCUAUGGUGGCGGCGGCGGCGGUUUCGGAGGCCGUGGAGGGCGGAGAGGUGGUGGCCGUGGGCGACGAGGCGGCGGCGGCGGCUGGUAA